AUGUCCAACUCAGAUACACCUCGCAAGAUGAGGGCGGCGGUUGGGAAGCCAGUGGUGGUGACUGAGAUCGAUGUGCCUUCGAUAGGGAACGACGAAAUCCUUGUCAAGGUAGCCAGUGCGAGCCUGUGUGGCUCGGAUCUUAUUGUCUACAGAGGGUACCUCGGCCCACCGGCAGGACGCGUUGGAGGCCACGAAGCUGUCGGCCCUAUUGUCCAAGCUGGACAACAACAGUUUUGUGAAUCCGGAAAGAUCAACCAAGGCUUUGACACAAACGGUUUCUUUGCCGAAUAUGCGCGGGUCAAGGCUUUAUUUGCUGUCAAGAUCCCUGACGGGCUGCCUCUUGAGCGACUCUCUCCACUGUUUUGCGCAGGAAUCACAGCGUUCCGUGCCCUAAAGCAACUCAUGCCGCUCCGGGCGGGUGUAAUUGGAGUGUUUGGGCUCGGUGGAGUGGGCGUGUUCGCCGUCCGCUUUGCCAAAGCCUUGGGGUAUCAGGUCCUGGGCUUUGACAUCUCGACUGAAGCCAGGGAAGCUGCGCAUGGAUACGGUAUAGACGCUACGGUCGAUAUUUCGGACGCAAAUGCCGUCUCCGAAGCCCUCGCUCGAUUCGACAAGUCCGCGGGGCUGGACGGGGCCAUUGUUGCAGCCGGCGUGCCUGCGGCAUAUCAGGCUGCUAUCAACUACACUGGAUUCAAUGGGACAAUAGUGGCGGUGGGAGUGCCGCACACGGACGUAAGCAUUACUAUUUUGCAGUUUGUGAAGAAGAAUCUGCGGCUGCAAGGAACCCAAAGCGGCACUCCGCUGGAGCUGAAGGAGAUGAUGCAGCUGGUCCAGGCACAUUCAAUCAUCCCGGAUGUAGACUUGUCGCCGCUCGACGCUCUUCCCGAGCUAGUGGAUGCUUUGGCGACUGGUAAGAUUACACGCAAAGCCGAAGAGGUGGCCGCGGAGAUCAGGAGUCAUGGAUCCGAGGCAUUGGCCAUUCAGGGCGAACUGAAAGACCCCAAUUUCGCACAGUCGGUUCUGGACAGUGUCCUCCGCGGAUUCAACACGCGUACGAUUGAUGUCCUGGUCAACAACGCAGCCCUGACGGGGUUAAAUGAUAAUCUGCCGGUCAAGGACGUUACUAUCAAAAACUUUGACGACGUCUUCCACGGCAAUGUUCGGGCACAGAUGUUCCUGAUGCGAGCGGUGCUGGAACAUCUUCCGGAGAAAGGGGGCAGAAUCAUCAAUAUCAGCUCCAUCGCCGCCAAGAAGGCCUCGCUCGAACCCUAUGUAGUGUAUGGGGCGUCGAAAGCUGCUCUGGAGUCUCUCACACGCUCCUUCGCGAUGGAGUUUGCGUCCAAGUACGGAUGCACAAUCAACGCCGUCACUCCUGGGUUCACAGUUCACGAGGACAUACUGAAACGCAUUCCCAAGGAGACCCUCGAGCAGGCGAAUCAGCAACAGAAUGUGGAGAAGCGAUUCGGCAACCCCGACGACGUCGCUGAGGUCGUAGCAUUUUUGGCUUCCGAAGAGUCGCGUUGGAUCAACGGCAAUUGCGUUCCCGCUAACGGUGGCGCCAAUAUAGCAGCAGAAUAG